UGAUCUUUGCAUUGUACAAUCAUGUUAAUUAUGAAGUUAUCAUGCUCAUGUUUUUUUGUGAGGAUAAACAUUUCCUCAUAUUCUGAUUGGCAAUAAAGUUCAGGAAGUUCACGUCCAGCCUCAUAAAGCAUGAAACAUGGCAAUCAAGACUUUCUGUUCUUCUUUUAAAAACACAGAAGCUAAAAAUAAACUGCGGAUGUUGGAAGUCUGAAGCAAAAGCAGGAAUUGCUGGAGAAACUCAAUGGGUCUGGCAGCAGUUGUGGAGUGAAAGCAAUGAUAACAUUUCAGGUCCAGUUACCCUUUUUGAGAAAAGUUAUUUGUAUGUUAAGUGAAGGCUUCAUCUGUGGAUUUCCUUACUGGAAUGAAAUUGAAAAUGAAAACAAUACAAGACAGCAUGAGCAGAAGCAACAUAACCCAUCUGAGGAUAACAUGGCUCAAGAGCUGACUUCUGUCAGCAAUUUUCAGAAUUUGUCUCAGGCUGAUAUUCCUAAUGGGGCUCUGUCACUUCUUCAAAAGUGCAAGUCUAUUUACAGACCCUUCAGACUGAGUGCAAAGGAAAAAAUAACUACACCAUUGGUACAGCCCUCACAGGCCACAACAAUCAGAAGGCAAAGGUCCCUUGUUGUAGAUAUCCCAGGGAGCUCCAGUGUGAGUAAGGAAAUGUAUUUGGUUCCCUCGUGUUGUAAAAGUAUCUGUGAUAAUUAUAAUGACCUCCAGAUUGCAGGAGAUCAAGUGCUUCCAAUUAGUUUGGAACCAUCUGGCCUGACAUCUCAGGACAGCUAUAAUAUAAAUAUGGUCCCAUUCUUGUAUUCUUCAGAAAUUACACUGCCAAUGGAGUCCCCCAAACUAUCAGCAGAGUUCCAAAACAAGCCAGCCAAUAGCGACACAUCCUGCUGGCGUGUGUGCAGUGCUAGAGACAAGAGCAUCAUUCAGCAUUCUCAGCCACUUACCAAUUCAGAACUCAAUGACUAUCUUGAGCAGAAAGUUCUGGAACUGUACAAGCAAUACAUGAUGGAUAGCAUGGUGAGCAAUGCAUCCCCAACAAAAAUCAUGGAAUCAGAACUUGUAAUGAGUAAUGUCGAUCAGAUUAGCCUGAUACUAUCACGAGAACAGAAUAUGGAAACUACAAAGGUGAAGGACAUGGUUAUCAGUUGCCUGUUACGUGUUGCGAGUGAGAUACAAUCAAAUGAACUCAGUACACCAAAUCUACAGAUAUCUGCUUGAAAGAGAAGUUUUAUCCAAGUUUAUCUACAUUUUAGGUAUAACUUAUUAAAAAUGAGUUAAUUUUGAGUAGAUUUGCCAUAUCCAUGAUUGAACAGAGAACAGGAUGGGGAUAAAGAGGGCAUUGAGACAGUGAGUUAUAGAAUCAUAGUAAAUAGGAGUAGGAGUAGGUCUUUUGGUCCUUUGACCCUUCUCCACCAUUCACUAUGA